GCCAGUACGCGCCAGUAGGACUGGACCCACGGGAUAUAAACCCGUCCUCUCUCAACUGGACCAGUGUGAACACCUGAAGACACGUGAAUUUGUAUCAGGAGACAUGGACUCAAUGACGACGCUGAUGAUUCUAGCUGCAGCUCUAGCUGUGACCAUGGCUGCUCCCUGUAACCAAACCUGCACAGGUGUCUGCGACCAGUGGUCCCAGACCUGCAGGUUCCUGCCGAUCAACAUCCCUGACGUCUGCCAGAAGGUCAGCCAGACCUGUGUCGGCGUCUGCUCGCUCGUCUGCACCUGUGGCGACACCUGCGGCAUCCAGUGCGGCGCCGAGCUGGACGCCUGCCGGGCCGGCAAGACGGAUCUUCUGGACAACUGCAGCGCCUCGCUGACCACCUGUCUGCCCAAGUGUCUGGGCCAGUGCGCCAUGUCCACGGCCGGCGCCCUCUACCAGCAGGCGGCAGGGUACGUCCAGUCCCUCAUCAUGGACUACCAGGGAGGGGCGGGGAAAUAAAUCCCACCGCACAGGAAAACCACAACUCCACCGAAAACCACCACAACUCCACCAGAAUACAAGCACCACCAGAUAACCAAAAUACCACAGGAAAACCGUAACUACAAGAAGAUCAACAAAAUAUAACAAGAAAACCACCACAGUAAAUCAACAACCACCAGAAAACCACCACAGGAAGUCAACAACCACCAGAAAACCACCACAGUACCAUAAGAAAACAAGAACCUACCAGAAUAUCAGAGGAAAACCACAAACAUAUCAACAGACACAACAGAAAGUUACAGGAUAGCUAUAGAUGUCAAUCAAGGAAACAUAAUGUUGCUGAUUUAAUAUAAUUAAUAAAAUUCUAAUUA